AUGUGACCUGCUCAAAACAACGCAUCAGGUGUGAGUCCUAGUAGCCCGCAGGAUCCCGCUGACUUCUCCGGAGCACUUCGGCCAGCUUGUCCUUUCCGCCCGACCCCGUUGGCCCACCGGCCCCCAAGCGCCACUCCGACGGAGUCCCCGGGCCUCUUCACCGUGGCUGCUCCCGCCCCGGGAGCCCCUUCUCCUCCCGCCACGCUGGCGCACCUUCUUCCCGCCCCGGCCAUGUACAGCCUGCUGGAGACUGAGCUCAAGAACCCUGUAGGGCCGCCCACCCCAGCAGCCAGCACGGGCGGCCCCGCGGCGCCGGGCGGCACAGGCAAGAGUAGCGCGAACCCAGCCAGCGGCGCGAACGCAGGCGGCGGCGGCGGCAGCGGCGGCGCAAGCGGCGGCGGUGGGAGCAGCGACCAGGACCGCGUCAAGCGGCCAAUGAACGCUUUCAUGGUAUGGUCCCGCGGGCAACGGCGCAAGAUGGCCCUGGAGAACCCCAAAAUGCACAACUCUGAAAUCAGCAAGCGCUUGGGAGCCGACUGGAAACUGCUGACCGACGCGGAGAAGCGACCGUUCAUCGACGAGGCCAAGCGACUGCGCGCGGUGCACAUGAAGGAGUACCCGGACUACAAGUACCGGCCGCGUCGCAAGACCAAGACCUUACUCAAGAAGGACAAGUACUCCCUGCCCGGCGGCCUGCUGCCCCCCGGGGCCGCCGCGGCCGCCGCCGCGGCCGCCGCAGCCGCUGCAGCCAGCAGCCCGGUGGGCGUGGGCCAGCGCCUGGACACGUACACGCACGUGAACGGCUGGGCCAACGGCGCUUACUCGCUGGUGCAGGAGCAGCUGGGCUACGCGCAGCCCCCGAGCAUGAGCAGCCCGCCGCCGCCGCCCGCGCUGCCGCAGAUGCAUCGCUACGAUAUGGCCGGUCUGCAGUACAGCCCCAUGAUGCCCCCCGGCGCCCAGAGCUACAUGAACGCCGCGGCCGCCGCGGCCGCAGCUUCGGGCUAUGGUGGCAUGGCGCCCUCAGCCGCGGCGGCCGCCGCCGCCGCCUAUGGUCAACAGCCAGCUACCGCCGCGGCCGCGGCCGCCGCAGCGGCCGCCAUGAGCCUGGGCCCCAUGGGCUCUGUGGUGAAGUCGGAGCCCAGCUCGCCGCCGCCCGCCAUCGCGUCGCACUCUCAGCGCGCUUGCCUCGGUGAUCUGCGCGACAUGAUCAGCAUGUACCUGCCACCCGGUGGGGAUGCGGCCGACGCAGCCUCUCCGCUGCCCGGCGGCCGCCUGCACGGCGUGCACCAGCACUACCAGGGCGCUGGGACUGCGGUCAACGGAACGGUGCCGCUGACCCACAUCUGAGCCUAGGCCCGUGCUCUUAGCUCUUCGCCCCCACCCCUCCCCACACCCCCACGUUGGGACGCCUUGUUGUUUAGCUUUUGCUUGCCUGGGACUGUUGCCUUGUACCGAAGAUGGGGAGGAUGGAAAGUUUUGCUGUAGCUGUCGGGUUUUGUACAAAAGCAAAAAAAAAAAAAAAAA